GCCCAGUCUCCUCCCCCUGGCUCCUCUCCCUCCCUCCCCCCACCUCACCCCACUCCCUGCCUGCAGGCCAGGGUUUCUCUCCGCCCUGGGGGUCUCAGUGCCUCUCCCUCUGCUCCCUACCUGCCUCCCCUACACUGCAGCUUAGCGGGCACCCAUCCUUUCUGCCUGGGCUUUCCCCCUCCCCAUCUUCUUCAUCUGCCUCCUCCUCUCUCCACCCUCUCCUCUCCUCUCUCUGCCCCUUUAAAUCUGCCUGGUCCAGCCUCCCCCGUGAUGCUGGAAUGGAGCAAACAUUGAUUUGUGCUCGGAUGGAAUCGGAAUUUUGAUUUUUUUUUUCCUCUCCCAACCAUCAGAAGAAAAAAAAAUAAUUAAAAAACACCCCCUCUCGCUAGCCCCCUCCCCCUUCCCAUCCAGCUUCCAGCUCCUCUUGCCUGUCUCCAUCCAAGACAGAUUUUUUUUCCCCUACACUAUUCUCAUCUCCCUCCACCCCUGCCGCUGCCUCGCCCCCCACUCCAUCAGCCUGCUCCUUCAGCUGGAAAGAGCGAGAGAGAGGGGCCUCUCUUCCAACGACUCCCCACCUCCCCUGUCUGGGGUGGAGCGGUCUCUCCGGAAGGGGAGGGGGCUUGGCUUGUCCAGGCGAGGUGGGAGUGGAGGUGUCCAGCCAUGGAUGCUGAGCCCGGGAGGCGGCCUGAGCCUCAGCCCACAGGCCACUCAGGAUGAGGGUCCGGCCCUGCCUGCCCGCGCUGGGGGCCCCCCGCCCAGCCCCGGUCUAAGUGCCCCCGCCCCCAGGCCUCGCCCGGCUCCCAGGCCCCCAGCCGGCUCUCCAGCCCCAGGAUGCGCUGAGCCACCGGGGGGCUGAGGCCGCGCCAACUACAUGCAUGUCCCCCGGGGGCAAGUUCGACUUUGACGACGGGGGCUGCUACGUGGGGGGCUGGGAGGCGGGGCGGGCACAUGGCUACGGCGUGUGCACGGGGCCCGGCGCCCAGGGCGAGUACAGCGGCUGCUGGGCGCACGGCUUCGAGUCACUGGGCGUCUUCACCGGGCCCGGCGGACACAGCUACCAGGGCCACUGGCAGCAGGGCAAGCGCGAAGGGCUGGGCGUGGAGCGCAAGAGCCGCUGGACGUACCGCGGCGAGUGGCUGGGCGGGCUGAAGGGGCGCAGCGGCGUGUGGGAGAGCGUGUCCGGCCUGCGCUACGCCGGGCUCUGGAAGGACGGCUUCCAGGACGGCUACGGCACCGAGACCUACUCCGACGGAGGCACCUACCAGGGCCAGUGGCAGUCCGGCAAGCGCCACGGCUACGGGGUGCGCCAGAGUGUGCCCUACCAUCAGGCGGCGCUGCUGCGUUCGCCCCGACGCACCUCCCUGGACUCCGGCCACAGCGACCCCCCGACGCCGCCCCCGCCUCUGCCCCUGCCGGGCGACGAGGGAGGCAGCCCGGCCUCGGGCUCCAGGGGCGGCUUCGUGCUGGCCGGGCCGGGGGACGCCGACGGCGCGUCCUCCCGAAAGCGCACCCCAGCGGCCGGCGGGUUCUUCCGGCGCUCGUUGCUGCUCAGCGGGCUCCGGGCAGGCGGGCGCCGCAGCUCCCUGGGCAGCAAGCGGGGCUCCCUGCGCAGCGAGGUGAGCAGUGAAGUGGGCAGCACGGGACCCCCGGGCUCCGAGGCCAGCGGGCCGCCGGCCCCAGCGCCGCCCGCCCUCAUCGAGGGCUCUGCCACCGAGGUGUACGCGGGCGAGUGGCGCGCCGAUCGGCGCAGCGGCUACGGCGUGAGCCAGCGCUCCAACGGGCUGCGCUACGAGGGCGAGUGGCUAGGCAACCGGCGGCACGGAUACGGGCGCACCACCCGCCCCGACGGCUCCCGCGAGGAGGGCAAGUACAAGCGCAACCGGCUGGUGCACGGGGGGCGCGUCCGCAGCCUCCUGCCCCUGGCUCUUCGGCGUGGCAAAGUCAAGGAGAAGGUGGACAGGGCUGUCGAGGGCGCGCGUCGAGCCGUGAGCGCAGCCCGCCAGCGCCAGGAGAUCGCCGCUGCCAGGGCCGCCGACGCCCUCCUAAAAGCAGUGGCAGCCAGUAGCGUCGCUGAGAAGGCCGUGGAGGCAGCACGGAUGGCCAAGCUGAUAGCCCAGGACCUGCAACCCAUGCUAGAAGCCCCAGGCCGCAGACCCAGGCAAGACUCAGAAGGUUCCGACACGGAGCCCUUGGAUGAGGACAGCCCCGGGGUGUAUGAGAAUGGACUGACACCCUCAGAGGGCUCCCCCGAACUGCCCAGCAGCCCUACUUCCUCCCGCCAACCCUGGCGACCCCCUGCCUGCCGGAGCCCACUGCCUCCCGGAGGGGACUGGGGUCCCUUCGCCAGCCCCAAAGCGUGGCCCGAGGAGUGGGGGGGCCCAGGGGAGCAGGUGGAGGAACUAGCUGGCUAUGAGGCUGAGGAUGAGGCCGGGAUGCAGGGGCCAGGGCCCAGAGACGGUUCCCCCCUCCUUGGAGGCUGCAGCGACAGCUCAGGAAGUCUUCGAGAGGAGGAAGGGGAAGAUGAAGAGUCCCUGCCCCAGCUGAGGGCUCCAGGAGACUCGGAGCCUGAGCCUGUGGCCACGCCAGUGCUGAAGGGCCCAGCCUCGAGGGGUCCCGCUGCUGGGUGCCUGCUGGAAGAACUCGAGGAGCCGGCUGCCACCGAGAGGCCUGCCCAGCCGGGAGCUGCCAACCCCCUGGUGGUGGGAGCCGUGGCCCUCCUGGACCUCAGCCUGGCGUUCCUGUUCUCCCAGCUCCUCACCUGAGGCUGCUCCCUGGCCCAGUUCUGGCUUCAGUCGCCUGCCUCUUCACCCCGCGACCUGCCUCUCUCUCUCCCGCCUCCUGGUUGUUUUCUCGCCGGUCCGCCCUCCUCCCUUUCUUUUCUCUCAUUCCAUCUCUUGCUUUUUCCUCCCCUCUCUUUGGGAUCCUCUCAUUCCCUCUGUCUUCCUCACCUUCUCUCUCUAGAUUGUUUACAUACGAAGGGCUUUUCUCUCUCAGAGGCGCUCUCCCUCCUGUCUCUGAGACACACAACUCUAAGUCAGACCAUUGCCCCACAUGCUCCCCACCUUUUCUUUAGACCUAAACUUUGCUGAGAAUGGGGGUUUGGUGUCCUGAGGAGUCUCUUGCGAAGGAGGAAGACCACGGGGAAGAGGUGGCUGGGGGGCGGGCCCAGCGUGGCCCAGCCAAGAGCUGGCUGAGCCCCUGAGGCUUCUGGGCUGCCACCUCCCGCCCUGGAGGGCCUGCUCUUCUGUCCACGCACUGAGCUCAGUCCUUGCCUAAGCCCGUCCUUCCCUGGGGGAGACAAGGGGAGAGAGUGCAAAGUACAGGAACUGCCUGGCGGCUCCCUCUUGCUCUCCUCAGCACGGCCAGCCCCUCCUCCAGUCCCCACGUCGGGGUGCCAUACAGAAAGGAACAAGCAACACCCAGGUCCACCACCUCUCAAACUCUGCCCCCGACCCUGUGACCUCGCCCACCCUUCUGUGUCCCCCUAGAAGUUUAUUAUCGGUUGCUUUGGACUCACUUGUGGCCUUUGAUUCAAUUCCUAAGGGGCCUGAAGGAGACACUUCUACAGUAGAGGGUUAGGGGGGCGCAGCAGCCGGGACCCCACUCCCCAACUCCGGCAGUUGUGGUGGCGGUGGGCUUGGCACUUGGGGGGGACUGGAGCAGGCAGGAGAGCGGGCGCUGGGACACAGGGCAGCGGCAGAAGCUGUGGCAGCUGAAGCAGCCUCCCAAUGGGUCCUGUCCCUGCCCCCAUCACACGACCAUCUCGUGAAACAGGAAGACAGGAGGCCAUCAAGGGAAGCCAUCUCUCACACACUCUCCACAGCAGGGCUGAGGCGGGAGGCAGACCCCAGCUGAGAGGUGGGUGUGGGUGGAGAGCCCUGGAGAGGUUGUGGCUGAUCCCCGGGACUAACUCACCCCCAGGGAGCUCUUUCCUCCCUCCCCUGCAUGAGGCAUAGGCAGACUGCCUGCCAACCCCUCCCUCAAGGAAUGGCCUUGCCCGGGAAUGCCCACCACACACCCCCUCUUCUUUUUUUUCUAGUCAAACUGUUUACUCCUUGGCCUGCCUCCCUCCUUCCUCCCCUCUCAACCUUUACUUCUGAUUUCUAUUUCAUGGAAUUUGGGAUUGAAGUUAUACAACAGUGCCGCCAACACCAAGUCUUGCAGGAAAAAAACAAAGAAAUUUAACAAAAAAAUAUAUUAAUAAAAAAGUUCAAAAAAGG